AUCAUUCAGAAUGUCUAGCAGAGCCAGGAAAAUAUUAGAUAUGGCAAGAGAGGGAAUCUAUGAGGUUGGAGAUAACGGAAUAUGUAAUCUGAUCAGCUGUGCAGAAAAUAGUAUUGUGGAACCAGGCUUUGCCACCCUCGAGGAUGUAGUUUACCCCCAACCAACACAUGAUCUGUUUGAUUCAGCUAUACAGGAAUUUCACCAAUCGGUACCAGCACUAAUUGACGGCAUAGGACAGUCUGGCAGCACACAAUGUGACACAUUACAGUCCAACGAAGAAGUUAAUUUGGUUGAAGGGGAAAAUGAGAACGCUGCAUAUGACACGUCGCCAUCAAAUGAAAAUAGAGUUGAUUUGAUGGAAGAAGAAAAAGAGAACGCAGCAUAUGGAAUGGAAGAACAAACAGAAGAGUUGUUCCAGAGAAAAAGGGCUAAGCGGCAUAAUCUUGACCAAUCAAUGUGGUUAAAAAUUAGAAAUCAAGCGAACCGCGAAAAGGGCUUAGCAUAUAAAGGCAAAAUGAAGGUUGGUGGAAAAAUGGAAAUAUGA